AUUUAAAUACAAACAGGUGGUGACGGUCGAAAAAUUUGUUUCUGUUUACAUUUGACAAAUAUAUGACAGUAUUUUACUAGUUUAUUGCAAUGAGUAACAUUUUUGUUAAACUAUUCUAUGGUCCCUACGAAGCCAACGGUGUUAUUCGGCAUAAAAUACAAAAAAUCUACGGCGUUAGAAAGUAUUUGGAAUCCCAAGAGAUCGAAUAUGAAGCUUUGGAAUCACAGCAUCUGAACAGGCUUUCAAUCGAAAUGAAUGAUCGUUUAAUCUACACUUGUGACAUACGUUUUUUGCGGUUCAAUUUGCCUUUUGACGACGAUAUAGCAGGAAAACGUAUAAUUGAAACUAUAGAAUUCCACAAGGAGUCUUUUUCACAAGAAGCAAACAUGCCAAAGUUCCCUGAUGUUUCCGAAGGCAUGCGAAUGCGAAAUCCAGACUUGGAUGGAAGUUUCUUAGAUGACACUUCAUUAUCUUUAAGUUCUGUUAAUGCUCCUUGUAAUUCUCUGCCAGACUACCCAAUAACUGAUGAAGAAGAAGGUGAUGAUAGGUGGAGUAUGGAUAUAAUAGAUGCGCUUCGCAAUUGGGAAAAAGACACCUUCCAAUCGCCCUAUUCGUAUAACUACGGAUGUAUAAUGCAGGAAUCUGAGUCCAGUGAUGAUGUUGAAGCAAUUGAAGAAGAUACUAAGGAAUCUUCUACAACCCAACCAUCAACAGCAUCUUCCUGUGCUUGUUUAUCAUUAGAUCCACCUAGUGUCUAUUCAGUUUGCUUUGAUCCGAAGACACCGUUGAAUACUGAAGUAUCUCAGAAGGAAUCUGUACAAGUUGAUGAUAAUGUUGAUGAACCGCAUGUUGGUAUCAAAGAUAUGAACGCUGAUGCAGAGGCUACGUUCAGUUUGGCUGAAUGGAGGGAGGUUUUAGAGUCGUAUGUACCUACAGGGUCGGAUGACGGAACUGAUGAUGAUAGUUUGGAUGAUGUUGAUCGAAUCCUAGCUGGGGAAGGUGCUGACAUUGAUCAUAUAGGUGGAGAUUCAAUUUGUAGAUAUCCUAGGCAAAGCAGUCCGUCGAAGAAGGUGUUGAUUGGUAGUAUAGCGAGCGGGACUUCCAUAAUAGGAGAUGAAGUAGAAGAUGAAUUUGAAGAAGAUGUGCAAUCGAUGUAUAAUAGAAGUGAAUCUAGUUCAUGCUUGGACAGACUGAGAGUGAAAAUACAUGAGUUAGGAAAGAAAAAAGCAAAGGAGAAGUAUGAACCUACGAUUGUAAGCAGUCAGCUUUGUAAAUCUUAUAGUGGAGGUAAAUGUGUAAAAAAUGUAGUGCCAGCAGUAAUUGAACCAAAAACUGUAAACAAAUAAUGUUUUUAGAAUAUUCAGAUGUGUUAUUAGAAUAUUAAUAAAUUUCUUUGGAAAAACAA